AUGGAUUAUCAAAUAAGACCAAAUUCAAUAAAUAGAAUUAGAAGUAAUUCAAUUGAUACUUCAAUAUUAUUAUGUAAUACAUGUAAUUGUAUAGAUAACAACACUAGCAAUUUUGCUCAACCAACUCCAUUAAAUUCAUCAUCAUCAGAAUCUUCAGAAUUAAAAUCAUCAUCAUUUUUUGGUGAGAAUAUACCAACAUUACAAGAAUUAUUAGUAAAUGAAGACCUAGUAAAUGAGAAUGAACAUAAUUUAACUGUUCAUAGUUUUUUAAAUUAUCUUAAAACUUUACAUUGUAAUGAAAAUUUAGAAUUUAUAUUAGAUUUAAAUUAUUUUAUAACAUUAUUAACUAAUACCACAACUGAUUCAUCAAUUAAGGAAAAUUGGAUAAAUUUAUAUAAAAAAUAUUUUCAAAUCAAUUCAGAAUUUGAAAUUAAUUUACCUUGUUCAUUAUCAAAUCAAUUAAAAUUAAAUGAAUUACCAUCUAUAACAACUUUAAAUUUAUGUAAAAAUUAUAUUAUUAAUGAAAUAUUGAUUAAUUUAUAUUUAAAAUUUAUAAAGUAUCAAAAUCAUCAGAACCAUCAAAAUCAACAAAAUUAUAAAUUUCAAACUGAUCAUUCUAUAAUUAGAAGAAAAUCAGAACAAAUUACACAUACUAAUUCUACAACCACAGUGCAAAAUAAUUCAUUACCAAAUAAUAAUAUACGAUUACAAAGAUCAAAUACAACUAUCCCUUCAAAACAAAAUUUACCAAUAACUCCACCAAUAUCACCUCCAUUACCACAACUUAUAAAUUCAAAAUCACCUAGUAAUCAUAAACAUAACAAGAUAAUAGGUUAUGAUUAUUAUUCAAUUCCAUUAGAAUUAGAAUCAUCAUCAAGUAAUUCUUCAAAUGAAGAUCAAGAAGAAACAAAUACACCAAGAACAACAAGAAAUAAUUCAACAUCAUCAAAUAAUAAUACUGGUGGUUCAAUAUUAAAUAAAAAUUUAAAUAAUAUGGUUGAUAAUUCUUUAAAUUAUUUAAAUAAAAUGAAAAAAUUUAAAUUUAGAAGGUUUAGUAAUGAUAAUGAUUAUUAA